UUCAGGCAGCGCGGGGACAGCUCUCUGGGGUCCUAUCUGGUUAGUGUCGCAGGAAGUGUGCGCUGGGGAGAGAGAGCGGCGUGAACGUGAGGACGUAUCUGUAACGUGUGGUACCGGGCUGUGAGCGGGGACCUGCAGGAUCUGCAGACAUGGACGCCGACCUUUAUGACGAGUUUGGCAAUUACGUUGGUCCAGAGCUCGACUCUGAUGAUGACGAUGAUGAUGACGACAUGAGAGAUGACAGAGACGUAGAUGUGGCGGAAGAUGACGAUGAUGAUGAAUAUAUGGGAGAUCCUGACGAGGAUCGUACAGGGAUGGAGGUUGUUCUCCAUGAGGACAAGAAGUAUUACCCCACCGCUGAGGAAGUGUAUGGUCCUGAAGUAGAGACUAUAGUGCAGGAGGAGGACACCCAGCCACUAACAGAACCUAUUAUUAAACCAGUAAAGGCAAAAAAAUUCUCUAUGAUGGAACAAGGGCUGCCUGCCACAGUGUAUGCAAUGGAUUUUUUGGCUGAUCUCAUGGAUAAUCCAGAGCUCAUUCGUAAUGUGACACUUUGUGGGCACCUUCAUCAUGGAAAGACAUGCUUUGUGGACUGUUUGAUUGAACAAACGCAUCCAGAGAUCCGCAAGCGCCAUGACCAAGAUCUUUGUUACACUGAUAUCCUCUUCACAGAACAGGAGAGAGGUGUUGGUAUGAAAAGUACACCUGUGACCAUCGUUCUCCCUGACACAAAGGAAAAAUCCUAUCUGUUUAAUAUAAUGGAUACUCCAGGUCAUGUAAACUUUUCUGAUGAGGUCACAGCUGGGUUUCGGAUAUCAGAUGGUAUUGUGUUGUUCAUUGAUGCAGCAGAGGGGGUGAUGUUGAACACAGAGCGUCUGAUCAAGCACGCCGUGCAGGAACGUUUAGCUGUCACAGUUUGCAUUAACAAAAUAGAUCGAUUAAUUCUGGAGCUGAAGCUGCCGCCCACAGAUGCUUAUUACAAGCUGAGGCACAUUGUGGAUGAAGUUAAUGGAUUGCUCAGCAUGUACUCUACCGAUGAGAACCUGGUUCUAUCUCCGCUCCUGGGGAACGUCUGCUUUGCGAGCUCACAGUAUAGCAUCUGUUUCACACUGGGCUCAUUUGCAAAAAUCUAUGCAGACACAUAUGGUGAUAUAAAUUACCAGGAGUUCUCAAAGCGCUUGUGGGGGGAUAUUUAUUUCAAUCCAAAAACCCGUAAAUUUACCAAGAAAGCCCCAACAAGCAGCUCUCAGCGAAGUUUCGUGGAAUUUGUCUUGGAGCCUCUGUACAAGAUCUUGGCUCAGGUGGUAGGAGAUGUAGACACUUCUCUGCCCCAGACUCUAGAAGAAUUAGGAAUUCAUCUUACAAAGGAGGAACUGAAGCUUAAUAUCCGUCCCCUACUGAGACUCGUAUGCAAUCGCUUCUUUGGGGAAUUCACAGGUUUUGUGGAUAUGUGUGUUCAGCACAUUCCGUCUCCAAAGACAGGUGCAAGAGCCAAAAUUGAACACACGUAUACCGGGGGUGUAGAUUCUGAGCUGGGAGAGGAGAUGAGUCAGUGUGAUCCUGAGGGCCCGCUGAUGUGUCACACAACCAAGAUGUACAGCACUGAUGAUGGGGUGCAGUUUCACGCUUUUGGCCGCGUGCUUAGUGGGACCAUUCACGCAGGGCAGCCACUUAAGGUACUUGGAGAGAAUUAUACUUUAGAAGAUGAGGAGGACUCCCAGAUCUGCACAGUGGGAAGAUUGUGGGUGUCUGUGGCCAGGUAUCAUAUUGAAGUGAACAGAGUGCCAGCCGGAAACUGGGUUUUAAUUGAGGGUGUUGAUCAACCUAUAGUAAAGACUGCCACAAUCACAGAGCCAAGGGGCAAUGAGGAGGCUCAGAUCUUCCGACCAUUAAAGUUCAACACGACUUCAGUCAUUAAAAUUGCUGUGGAACCAGUUAACCCCUCAGAAUUGCCAAAGAUGUUAGAUGGUCUUAGAAAAGUCAACAAGAGUUAUCCUUCUCUCACCACCAAGGUGGAGGAGUCUGGAGAGCACGUCAUUCUUGGGACUGGAGAGCUUUACCUUGACUGCGUUAUGCACGACCUCCGUAAAAUGUAUUCGGAGAUUGAUAUUAAGGUGGCAGAUCCUGUGGUGACGUUUUGCGAGACUGUUGUGGAAACUUCAUCACUAAAAUGUUUUGCCGAGACCCCGAAUAAGAAGAACAAAAUCACAAUGAUUGCCGAGCCAUUGGAAAAAGGUCUGGCCGAAGACAUUGAAAAUGAGGUGGUGCAGAUAUCGUGGAACAGGAAGAAACUAGGAGAAUUUUUCCAAACAAAAUAUGACUGGGAUCUUUUGGCUGCCCGUUCUAUCUGGGCUUUUGGGCCAGACACCACUGGUCCCAACAUCUUGGUAGAUGACACCCUGCCUUCUGAGGUGGAUAAAGCUUUGCUGAGCUCUGUGAAGGACAGCAUUGUACAAGGAUUCCAGUGGGGGACAAGGGAAGGCCCUCUAUGUGAUGAGUUGAUCAGAAAUGUGAAGUUUAAGAUCCUGGAUGCCGUCAUUGCUCAGGAGCCGUUGCAUCGGGGUGGUGGGCAGAUAAUUCCCACAGCCCGCAGAGUAGUAUACUCUGCUUUCCUGAUGGCCACUCCACGUCUGAUGGAACCAUAUUACUUUGUGGAAGUGCAAGCCCCUGCAGAUUGUGUGUCAGCUGUAUAUACUGUUCUGGCCAGAAGAAGAGGCCAUGUCACGCAGGAUGCUCCUAUUCCCGGUUCACCGCUGUAUACCAUCAAAGCCUUCAUCCCAGCAAUAGACUCCUUUGGUUUUGAGACAGAUCUGCGCACGCACACACAAGGACAGGCUUUUGCCUUGUCUGUCUUUCAUCACUGGCAGAUCGUGCCAGGUGAUCCCUUGGAUAAAAGCAUCAUUAUAAGACCACUGGAACCUCAACCAGCACCUCACCUUGCCAGAGAAUUUAUGAUCAAAACAAGACGUAGGAAGGGUCUAAGCGAAGACGUAAGCAUCAGCAAGUUUUUCGAUGACCCUAUGUUGUUGGAGUUGGCCAAACAGGAUGUGGUACUGAACUACCCAAUGUAAAUACAAUUGGAGGCCAGUGUCUCACAGUUCUACCAUUUGUUUUUGGGCCCUUCAUUAUCACCAACAGUUCCAAACACCUUGAGCCCUUUGACAUAGAUAGGAAUAUUUGACUCUUUACCCAUAAAGAGUUGGUCUUGUGAUGUGUACAUAAUGUUUAUUUUUUAAUAAACUUUUUCAUCUA